AUGUCUUCACCAGCGAGAAAAGCCAACCCAAAGCUCACCGAGAGCCCACUCUUUUCUUCUGUGUCUAAAGCAAGAUUAAAGUCCUUGUACUCAGAUCUAUCCCGACAGAAGACCUCAAAUCCGGCAGCUUACUCGUCAAAUGUUGACUGGUGGAAGAGAACUCUGGCCACAUUGGUUGAACAGGGACUACAAUCAGGUCCCGCCGACGCGUUAGUCUUGCACGCAGGUCCAGAUCUCGUCGAGACUCUCAGAUACGAGAGUGUCGGAAAGCCUAUCGGACUCGCUGCGGUGAUCGCUGAUCUAAGGGACAAGCAUGCGCUUAUUCCUCUGGAAGAAUUCUUAAGCUCUCCGACAUCUGUCUACGACCGGGAGUCUCUGGCAUAUAGAGUCGUGUCUUUUGCUGUGGGCAAGCCGCUUUGGUGGGCAAUGGAGCAACUUAAUCUGGUAGACUCCGAGCACGUCGAAUCAGAAGCAUCACUUUGGAAGAAAGUGGCGGGAAACUAUGUCUUUCUAAGCAAUGUGGAGAAAGCAGCGGAUGCUGUGACAGAGUUGCUACGACAGAAUGUAACUUCAUCCCCUGCAGAUUCGUUAUACUCGUUCGAAUCAUUCAGGAGGCUAUCCAGCAGUGCGGAUAUCGCUUUAGAGAACUCUACAUUGUCGGAGACGGACGUCAAAGUUUUACUAAGGUUCUUGGAUCGAGAUAGAAAGAUCAUCGUCACAGAUGGAAAGGCAAUUAAAGUCGUCGACUCAAUAGACUCCAAAACACCAAGGAUCAUCUCUAGCAUUGAUAAAGGAAUCUUGGAGCUGAAAACGGCGGUAGAGAACAUGGAACUUCAAAUUGAAGCACUUAACAAAAGGAUAACCGAAAAAAUACAGAAGAUUAAGGAAUGUCUUGGCGCGAACCGCAAGGAAGUUGCCAUGACGCAUCUGAAGUCCCGCAAACAGUACGAGGACCUUCUGAGGAAACGACUCGGUUCACUUGAAGUGCUCCAGGCUACCUUGAUACAAGUCGAGGCUGCUGCUCAGGACGUCGAAAUAAUGAAGCAAUACGAAUCCUCUACUGCAACACUACGAGCCAUACUUUCUCACCCCUCACUACAACGCGAAAGAAUCGACGCGACGAUGGACGCAAUGGCUGAGGCCUCCGCAGAACAACGCGAGGUCGACGAGGCAAUUCGAACUGGCAUGUCGGGCAUCACCGAGGAUGUAGACGAGGACGAGCUUCAGGCGGAACUCGCCAGACUUGUUGCAGACGCCCAGAGUGAGCAGAAAGAGCGGGAGGAGUUAAGGGCGUUAGAAGAUACGUCGGCGUUGCCUUCCGUUCCGUCAGGCACGCCGAUGGGCUCGGGGGAUAAUACCAAGGAUGAACGUUCUCACCAGGAUACCUCUAUUGAAUCUGAUGCAACAAAGCCUGUCAUCGAGCAAGUGGCGACAUAG